UCCCGGGAGCCGAGCGCGAGACACUGCGUGCCGACCUGUCGCACACCUGUGGCCUUCCUCGCAGCAGCGCUGACGUUGACUUACCGGCGACUCGUGACUCUUGAUCGGCUGGCCAUGGCCUACCCGGGGUACGGAGGAGCGUUUGGAAACUUCGGCGGUCAGAUCCCAGGGAUGCAGAUGCAAAUGGGCCAGCCGAUGCCAGGUCCCAGUGUAUUCGCUGGUGGCUACCCCGGGUACGUGGCCUACUCUGACAGCUACCCCCCUGCUGACGACGCUAUGUGGUCUUUCUUCACAGCUGUUGCUGGACAGGAUGGUGAGGUGGAUGCGGAGGAACUUCAGAGAUGCUUGACCCAGUCUGGAAUCAGUGGGACUUACGCACCCUUCAGUCUGGAAACCUGCAGAAUUAUGAUUGCCAUGUUGGAUAGAGAUUAUACAGGAAAAAUGGGGUUCAAUGAAUUCAAGGAGCUUUGGGCAGCGCUGAAUGCCUGGAAGCAGAACUUCAUGACUAUUGAUCAAGACCAAAGUGGCACCGUAGAACACCAUGAGCUGAGCCAAGCCAUCACCCUUAUGGGUUAUAGGUUGAGUCCCCAGACACUAGCUGCUAUUGUUAAACGCUACAGCAAGAAUGGCAGAAUUUUCUUUGAUGACUAUGUGGCCUGCUGUGUGAAACUCCGUGCCCUGACAGAUUUCUUUAGACGAAGAGAUCACUUGCAACACGGGAUUGUGAACUUCAUGUAUGAGGAUUUUCUGCAGGGCACUAUGACCAUUUGACAGCAUAGCAUUGAAAAGGUGAAUACUGAAGAAUCCUUCUGCUUCACUGAAACAGACUGGACUACCUAAAACUAGAAGCUUGAUGAACUUUUUUGUAUCCCUUCCUGUUAAAGCUUCGUCCCCUUCCUGUUAAUUUACCUUAAAGCACAGUUCAAUGCAAUAAUGUUUUUAUUUGGGAUAUAUUAUUUUUUGGAAAAGUUACGGUGUUGCAGAAAUACGCACGCCAUCUUGAAAUGUUGCUAAUGAUAUGUAGUUGAUUGAUAUCAGCGCAUCUGAGCCUUCGUUUUUUAACAAUAAUAGUGUAUAGAAAUGUAGUUACGUGACAGAUUGUCUAUGAAGCCAAGUAACAUAAGUCUAGAUAAAACGUAAUCAUGUUAUCCAAAGGCUACAAGUUGUACUUCUGAUUUUGUUCACGUCUGUGGCUGUUUCUGGGAGUAAGUCAGUUAGAGGGGACAUCUGUGCAUUUGCUGGCUUUGGCUUUGAUUACCCCACCAGAGAACAUAACCUCGUGUUCUUGGCCUAUGAAUAAGAAAUCUGUAACUCCAAAAACUAUCUGAAUUUGAGUCUGUCAGCCUACGGUAAUAGGUAUUGUUUUACCUUUUUUAUUUCAUUGUUUAUUUUUCUACAAAAUAUUUUAUUGUCUUCCUAUUUUCUUUUCUUUUCUUUUUUUUUUCUUUUUAACAUCUUUGUUUCUGCUUAGCUUUGUUUUGUGAGACAGGAUCUUCCUACAUGGCCCAGCAGGACACAAACCCAUUGUCCUCCUGUCUUGCCCAGUUUGUGUAUGGAGGUUCAAGGCGUGCAGACGUGUGCCUGCCUUAAAAUUUUAAAAUGAAGAUAUCUUUCUCUUUUCUUAGCAAUAGCAUAGAUAGCCUAAAAUGUCCUCUUUCUCAAAAUCAACCAGUUUUGGAGAAUGACACCUUUUAGUGAAGUGUCAGCAUUUAUUCUUGUUUCUUCUUUAAACCCAGGUGCUGCCCCUAGGUGAUGGCGACAGCUUAUAAAAUGAGAAAAAAUUCAUGUGAUCCCCUACUGUUCAGGAAUUCUAUGUUGGAUUAAUGGUAUGAAUGUGUGUGCACGUGUGCGUGUGUGUGAGUGUGUGUAUGUGUGAGUGUGUGUGUGCGUGGGGGUGUGUGAGUGUGUGUGUGGGGGGUGUGUACCAAGAAGUGUUUUGAUUUCUUUUUCCCUUUGUGGACCCUGUUAGCAGCAUUUCUGGUGAAAUUUUCUAUAGAGAUCUCAAGUAGUCAUCAAGUUCUUUGCACUAAGUCCUCUGGUAUAAGGUGUCAGAGUUAAUUUCGUUUCUAAUGUGGAAGACACCUGUCUUUAUUAAUGAAGAUUUGAUAGAUCACUAAAUUGUCAUAUAUUUUAACUGAAUAUAUAUCUAGCUGAAGAAAAAUGCAAACAGAUAUAAUUUUAGUUUAACUGGUGACCAAAUUAAAUAUUUUUAAAGAAAAUGCCAUGUUUUUUAAUGGGCAAACCCCUUUUAUAAUUACAGAAAAAUGUAAAAAUGCUUUUACUGAAAAGAUCCGUGUAAAGAAGUGAUGCCUAAUCAUUUUGACACUGGUUCUCUAUAGUUUGCUAUCAAAUACAUUUGGUCAGUUUUAUAAAAACUGACUGAUGAAUAUGUCACACAAACUGUCCUCUGAUUGUGUUUCAUGACCACAUAUUUGAUAACCUGAAAGAAUAUUAGCUGAACCAUUGAAUGUACAGAAUCUGAAGCCAUUGUAGGAAAAUGAAGCCACAGUAUGAUGUUAUAAAUUAUUGAAGAAUGAACACUCGUGAUGUAUAAGUGCUUUUAUUUAUACAGUAAACAUGUUUCCAUGUCAUUUUGAGAAUUUUUUAAUAAACAUUCAAAUAGCUUGCUGUAAA